AUGAGCCAGCCAUCCCUGGGCAUGGGUCUCUUGGUGGUGCUGGCACUGGCCGGUGCCGCCCAGGCUGCAAGCAUCAAGCCCUGGCUCUGCCCCCCCAAGCAGUUUGACAGCGUCGCUGGCUUUGACCUGGCAAAGUUCAUCUCAGCCCCCUGGUAUGUCCAGAAACAGACCGUGCUCAAGUACCAGCCUGCCAGCAGCCUCUUCUGCGUGCGCGCCAAGUACCUCCCCAUCGACGCCAAGAACCUCACCAAGGGCGUGCGCGUGUGCAACUAUGCCAACACCGGGGCCGUGAACAAGGCGCCCGUGGGCACCUGCCUGGCGCAGGCGGGCGUGGCGGCCCCUGCCGGCAAGGGCCCCAGCUUUGAGAUGGUGGCGCUCCCCUGGCCCGUGCGCCGCAGCAACCCCGACACCGCGGCCAGCAAGCUGCUGGUCGGCCCCACCUUCCAGCUGGCGGGCAAGACGCCCGACGACCUGGCCAAGCCCCCAGCCCCCGGCCAGCCCCGUGCGGCAGGCCCCUACUGGGUCGUCGCUGUGGGCCCCAGCAAGACCCCUGCCCUGGGCUACGACUGGGCCAUCAUCACGGGCGGCGCCCCCAGCCAGGCCACGGAGAACGACGCCUGCCUGCCGUCCCUCAAGAAUGACGACGGCUUCUGGCUGUUCAGCCGUGUCCCUGUGGCCCCCAAAGCCCAGCUGGAUGCCAUGCUGGCGGCGGCCACCGCCCUGCGCCUCGAUACCGCCGCCCUGGUGCCCGUCACGCAGGCCGGCUGCACUUACGCGGGCGCCGCGUGA